GGUCGGCGGGUGGGCGGUGAGCAGCCGACGGGCCCCGGGGGCCGGGGGACGGCGGGGAUUCUGCCCGGUCUCCCUGCGUCGCUGUCGAGGCGGGCACGCUGCCUGAGCCCGCGGUCUCGUUUUGUGCUUUAUGCCGCCGAAACGGGGAAGAAGCGACCGCUAACGUCCUGGUCGAGAGGAAGCCUGCCCUUCCCCCGAGAGCGGGGACUGGAAGGUUUGCCCCGAAGCCAGGGUCGGGCUUGCGGCGUGAGAAACUAGGAAGUGAGGCCUCCCGUGCCGGCUAGGGAACGUGCUCAGAGUGGGCUUCUCUGCAGAGGAGCCCUCAGCCUGGUGUCUGCAGCACUCGGCGCUGCCACCUGUCAGCCCUGCCGCUGUUCACCGCCUGAACGCCUGCGCCCAGCCGCACACCCAGUGCCGGUUCUGAGCAAUGUGAUCGUCAGGUAGUGAGUGAGAGAAUGCGUGGAUCAUCUGUCCGUGGAAUCACAUAAUUAUUUUAUCAAUUUCCCAGUGUGCUCAAAAGCUAAAUUGAGUAAGAUACUGUAUUCAUUGGCGGUUAAAUGCCCGUUUGGCAUCCAUGGAAUGGGGAUGGAGGAAAAAUAUACUUUUAUCCAUUGAAAGAUUCCCUUUUUAGAACUGAAAGAUUGAAUGGUUUGAAAUCUACCCCGCAGGAAGUGUUGGCUCCCUACAAACCGAUAUUCUCGCUCUCCAGGCAUGUGACUUUAAGACAUUUUAAGUAGUUUCCUCCAGUGUGAAACCGUAAUAUGUGGAAUUACAUGUCCUGGUGGCACUGAGUGUGUCAGGGCCGAGCCGCUGCACUCAGUCUGUCCCUGCCCCUGGAGCAUGUCCUUGGAAUACAGUUUGAAAGCCACCGGUCUGCACUCGCAGGUCAAUCAACUGGUGCUGCCAGCCUCCAGUCUGUACUCAUGCCUGUUCGUUUGAGUCUGUCUGGACUCUGAAAAGACGUUUGUACAAUUAGCAGACCAAAAUUCCUCGUUCAGAAAGAGAAAAGCAGUCUGUGGCCCUCAGCCGAUCUUGGCUGAUGCACUCAUUGACAGGCUGGUGCCUCUCAUGGGCAUUAUCACAUACACAUGGUGGUACAGACGUGUAAAAGUAAUCCAAAGCACUUUACAAAUGCAAAGGAGAUUGGUGCAGUCCAGAAAAACUAGUUCAGAGUAAAGCAGGUCAAUUGCCCCAGUUAUUUGCAAAUGCUUCUUUCUGUGUGCUGCCCUCAAGGCUCUGGCUCUCCUGCUGCCUGCAGUUCCAUCGUGACAGGCUGCUUUCUCCAGGCACUCGCAUCGGAAUGCUAGCUGGCGCACCUUGAACUCAUAUUCUAGCCACCAUUUCGGAUAAGGCCUUCUUUCUUUGCAUCUUUAUUGCCUUCAGUGUUUCAGGGUCGGGUUUUCCUCUCCCUUUGAGUACCACCUGAUUCCUCUUGAUUAUGGAAGUGUGCUGGUAUCAGCAUGCAUUGUUUGGCAGUGGAUGUGAGCUGGUUUCCUCUGUUACACAUCUGCGUCGCGUUUCCCUCCUGCCUCUCCCUAAACUGCUGUAAGAUGAAAAAUAGAAGCACCACUUCAGUUAGACUCCUUGGUAGCUUCCUGUCCAGCAAACUAUCCUUCAAACAGCACUUCUGGUCACUCUUGAGGUACUUCUGAGGUAUUCUUUCCAGUAAGACUGAGUUACUAAACAUGUUUUAAUUGCUUGAUGUCAAGCAGCAUUCCUCAUCUCCGUUUUCUGUGUUUCUGGCUAACAGCCUUGCAGCCAUUUUCUCUCGAGCAGUCCUGCUGACAAAGGGGCGUGUGUCACUUGCCCUUCUCCCCCUCUGUUUAUGUAGGCGUAUAGAUGAUGCAGCUGUGGAGAUCCAGUCAUUGAAAGCCUCUGAUAACCAUCAUUAUACUCAGCCUCCUCAACUUCGCUGUGUUCUUAGACUCCUCAUGAGAGUGAGACACAUCUUCUAAACCAUUAUGGCAACUUCCUCUGAAGAAGUGCUGCUGAUUGUGAAGAAGGUGCGUCAGAAGAAGCAGGAUGGAGCGCUGUACCUCAUGGCAGAAAGAAUCGCUUGGGCACCUGAAGGCAAAGAUAGAUUUACAAUCAGCCAUAUGUAUGCGGACAUUAAAUGCCAGAAAAUCAGUCCAGAAGGAAAAGCAAAAAUUCAGCUUCAGCUGGUCCUGCAUGCAGGGGACACAACAAACUUCCACUUUUCCAAUGAAAGCACAGCAGUGAAGGAGCGUGAUGCGGUAAAGGACCUGCUGCAGCAGCUGCUGCCCAAAUUUAAAAGGAAAGCAAACAAAGAACUGGAGGAGAAAAACAGAAUGCUACAAGAAGAUCCUGUUUUGUUUCAACUCUAUAAAGACCUGGUUGUGAGUCAAGUGAUCAGUGCUGAGGAGUUCUGGGCCAAUCGCUUAAAUGUGAACACCGCAGACAGCUCUUCCACAACCACGCAGAAGCAGGAUGUUGGUAUCUCUGCAGCAUUUCUGGCUGAUGUCCGGCCCCAAACAGAUGGCUGUAAUGGCUUGAGAUACAAUUUAACUUCUGAUAUCAUUGAGUCUAUAUUUAGGACUUACCCAGCAGUAAAAAUGAAAUAUGCAGAAAAUGUUCCUCACAACAUGACAGAAAAAGAAUUCUGGACACGGUUUUUCCAGUCCCAUUAUUUUCAUAGGGACCGGCUGAAUACAGGGUCAAAGGAUCUCUUUGCAGAGUGUGCCAAAAUAGAUGAGAAAGGAUUAAAAACAAUGGUUUCAUUGGGAGUGAAGAACCCACUGCUGGAUUUGACAGCUUUGGAGGAUAAACCAUUAGAUGAGGGCUAUGGCAUUUCCUCCGUGCCAUCUGCUUCCAAUUCUAAAUCCAUAAAGGAGAAUAGUAAUGCUGCCAUCAUCAAGCGGUUUAACCAUCACAGUGCCAUGGUUCUGGCAGCAGGUCUCAGGAAACAAGAAGCACAAAACGGUGAGCCCCGAAGCAUUGAUGGAAAUUCUGGAGAUGCAGACUGUGUUCAGCCAGCAGUCAAAAGGGCAAAAUUACAAGAAUCUAUUGAAUAUGAAGAUCUGGGAAAAAAUAAUUCUGUAAAAACAAUUGCACUAAACCUUAAGAAGUCCGAUAGGUAUUAUCACGGUCCGACUCCAAUUCAGUCACUACAGUAUGCAACAAGUCAGGACAUUAUUAAUUCUUUUCAAAGUAUUAGGCAAGAAAUGGAAGCUUAUACACCAAGAUUAACUCAGGUCCUCUCCAGUGGUGCUGCCAGCAGUACUAUCGCAGCACUGUCCCCUGGAGGAGCACUUAUGCAAGGAGGGACACAGCAAGCCAUAAACCAGAUGGUGCCAAAUGAUAUUCAGUCUGAGUUGAAACACUUGUAUGUGGCUGUUGGAGAACUUCUGCGGCAUUUCUGGUCCUGCUUUCCUGUUAAUACACCAUUCCUAGAAGAAAAGGUAAUAAAAAUGAAAAGUAAUUUGGAGCGAUUCCAAGUUACAAAGCUCUGCCCAUUCCAAGAAAAAAUUCGAAGACAGUAUUUAAGCACAAAUUUGGUGAGCCACAUAGAAGAGAUGCUCCAGACAGCCUACAACAAGCUCCAUACGUGGCAGUCUCGGCGCCUGAUGAAGAAAACGUGAGGUGUCUGUGGCAUUCCAUGUUCUGUGAGAUUGAAGAGAAAUGCAACCUGCAAUGACUCUGGAAACCUGGCCUAGCAGCCAUGCAGAUGACCACACAGGCGUGACAGGCAACAUCUGCACCAUGCCAUCUCCCAGAGCUGAUGCUAUUGUACUUGCACAUUGGGAACUGAAAAGAAGGAAGGGACUGAGUCAAUGAAACGCUGGGGAGGUAAAUUAAGGCAGAACCAAAAUGAACUAGGUGGCUAAUAUAUAUAUAUGUAUGUAUGUAUGUGUGUGUACAUAUGUGUGUGUACAUACAUAUAUUUUAAGACUGUUUACUGCAGUUACUCAGGAACUGCUUUUGAUUCACAUUAAGCUGCUUUCAGAAAUUUAAAAAUACUUUUUUAAAGGGUGCAUUGAUAAAAUCUGAGGUUUUUUUGUUUUUGUGUGUUUUUUUUUGUUUGUUUUUUGUUUCUUUUUUUUUUUUCUGUAUAAAUUGUUUUCCUAAGUUUAUGGCACAGGGUAGACCCAAAGUAUUCCUCCCUCAUCCUCCCCUUGGAUACUGAAAUUUCUGUGACUUCCUCUUGUACCCUACAUCUGCAAGUUUAAGAGGGUGCUUUAAAACAGAGGGUGACUGUUGCUCAGCUAUCCAGAAGCAGUUGUAGUCAGAAGACAUCGUUGGUCCUGUGUUUCCUAGGGAAAUAAGCAGCGAUAAAUAUUGCACUGAAUGUUGGUGGUCUUGAGGCCCUAAAUAAUAAAGAGGGAACAUGUUUGCAGAAAGCUGCGUGGGGUUUUAUAUGCAGAAUUUUGUCAGAAGACAAUGGCGCUGCAUGUUUUUCUUUGAGUGCAAAUGUAUAUUGCUAAGUUUUUUUAAAGAUGGCAUGUGCUUUGAAAGAGGAAAUUGCAUUUUUAAGAGUUUAAAAUCUUAUGAGUGAAAAAUAUAAGAAAUCUUACUUAUUUUCACCUCUUCAGAAGAAAUAAAAGAUGUUUCUCAUAUCUUCUCCAGUAUCUGUUACUGUCCUUGCCAAAUUGAUAAUCAUUGCAUAGACUGAAGAGCCUAAGUCCAAAAAAGUACAUGAAUAUAUAUAUAUAUAUGGCACAGUUUCCAGAACAAGAAUAUAUAUAUUGUGCCAUAUCUUGUUCCUAACAGGAUCAACUCAUUGUUUAUAUUAGACUUUAGAUGUCUGUAUUAAAAAUUACACGGAUCAGUAAAACUUGUUACAGAUA